AUGAAGCUCCUCUAUUUCAGCAAUGAGUUUCCAAAGGAGGAUCUCCAGCACCUCUUUCGUUGCCUCCACAACCACAGCAAGGACAGACGACAUACCAUUCUCGCUCAGUUUAUCCACGAGGCUACACUCGCCAUCAAGGAUGAAAUCCGGCACCUCUCGACAGAGCUGAAGCAGUUGAUCCCACCGUUCGACAGUAUCCUUACGUGGGCUGAGAACACUGAGCUGCGGGAGGGACUCAUAUGUGGUGCCGUCGAUGGAGUGCUGCUUACGGUUGUCCAGCUUGCGAUAUACAUUGGAUAUGUGGAGAAUCAUCCGGACGAGCUGGCGAGAUUGGAUCAGACAUCUCUGGCGGGCCUAGGCAUCGGCUUACUGGCACUGACUGCCGUGUCGCUGUCCUCCGCCGUGGUCGAUUUGCCACGGGCCGGUGCAGAUGCUGUGCGUCUCGCUUUCCGCAUGGGCUGCCACGUGCUCGCCGUCUCCGAGAACUUGGAAUCUCGCGAUCUCGCAGCAGCUCCAGAGACAUGGGCCUACGUGAUACACAACGUUGAUCCUGUCGCGACACAGCAGGCGCUCGAUGCACUCCAGUCGCGAGAAAAGAUCCCUGGCACCAGCAAGAUAUUCCUCAGUGCUGUCAGCCGAACCUCAGUCACCGUCAGUGGACCGCCCUCGAGAUUAAAGGCCCUAUUCACUCGGUCAGAAUUCUUCCGGGACUCCAGAUCUAUCGCUUUGCCCGUCUAUGGUGGUCUCUGCCAUGCGCCUCAUGUCUACGGCUCUCGGGACGUUCAGAGUAUUGUCCGGGGUAGCUCGUUGGACGCGAACCUCGCAAAACCCGGGCCUGUCGUGCCGAUCUAUUCGACCAGCACCGGUGUGCCGUUCAAUGCCUCGAAUGCGGCAGAGCUAUAUGAAUGCGUUAUCUCAGAGCUACUCACGCAGGCGAUCUGCUGGGACCAGGUUAUCCAGGGCGUGGUCACUCAAUUCCAAAGUGCUGGUGCCAGCCAGGUGGCGCUCUCCUGCUUCGGCAACUCAAUUCUCAUCAACGACCUCAAAGUGUCCUUGGAAUCCAGUCUUCCCCAACUUGAAGCAUCCGUCACUAAUCUUGUAUCAUGGGUUUCCGACGCUGCGCCCGCCGCGGUGUCACCGCGAGGCUCGGCGCAAUCCAAGCUCGCCAUUGUCGGCAUGUCAUGCAGGCUCCCCGGCGGAGCUACAAACACGGAGAAGUUCUGGGAAAUCCUCGAACAGGGUUUGGAUGUCUCUCGACGUGUCCCCGCCGACCGCUUCGACAUUGACACGCACUACGACCCGACUGGCAAGCAGAUGAACAAGAGCAUGACGCAGUACGGAUGCUUCAUCGACGAGCCUGGCUUGUUCGACGCGCCUUUCUUCAACAUGUCUCCACGUGAAGCCCAAGUCGCCGACCCGCAGAUGCGUCUGGCUUUAGUCACGGCAUUCGAAGCGCUCGAGCGUGCUGGUUACGUCGGCAACCGCACCUCGUCCACCAAGUUAGAGCGCAUCGGCACCUACUACGGGCAGGCUGCUGACGAUUACCGGGAGGUCAAUCAAGGCCAAGAGGUCAGCACCUACUACAUUCCAGGGGGUUGUCGUGCAUUCGGUCCUGGUCGCAUCAAUUACUUCUUCAAGUUUGCUGGCCCUAGUUACAGCAUAGAUACGGCCUGCUCGUCUGGACUCGCAGCUAUUGAGGUCGCUUGUCAAGCUCUUUGGCAAGGGGAUGUCGAUACUGCUGUCGCGGGCGGCGUCAAUGUGCUCACAAAUCCUGAUGGCUUUGCUGGCCUGGGCCAUGGUCAUUUCCUGACCAAGGGCCAUAAUGCAUGCAAAACCUGGGAUGCCACCGCUGAUGGAUACUGCCGCGCAGACGGUGUCGGAUCUGUCGUCAUCAAACGUCUUCAAGACGCAGAGGCCGACAACGACAACAUCUUGGGAGUAAUUCUCGGUGCCGGGACCAAUCAUUCUGCUGAGGCCGUUUCUAUCACUCACCCUCACGCCGGCCAUCAAGCAUACUUGGCCCGACAGGUGCUUCGUCAAUCUGGCGUGGACCCCCUGGAUGUUUCUUAUGUGGAGCUCCACGGCACUGGCACCCAGGCUGGCGACUACGAGGAGAUGCAAGGCAUCAUGGACGUAUACGCCCCGCUCGUCAAGCGGCGUAGCAAGGAACAGCCGCUGCACAUCGGCGCUGUCAAGGCAAAUGUCGGCCACGGCGAGUCCGUUGCAGGGACGACAGCUUUGAUCAAGGUGCUCUUGAUGUUACAGAAGAACGCCAUUCCACCACAUAUCGGCAUUAAAACGGAGAUCAACCCUCGGCUUCCUAAGGAUUUUGACAAGCGCAACGUUCAUAUCCCGUUCGAGAUGACGCAGUGGAAGCAGAAGGCUGGCACCAAGCGUGUCGUCGCUCUCAACAAUUUCGGUGCUGCUGGUGGCAAUACGACCAUGAUCUUGGAAGAGGCACCGACUCGCACAACGACAGAGAGAGACCCACGCCCUACUCAUGUCGUCGCCGUAUCGGCAAAAAGCAAGGCAUCAUUGGCAGGAAACAUUGAGCGCCUGAUCGCUUAUAUCGAUGCCAACCCACAGCUCAACCUCGCCGAUCUCUCAUACACAACCACCGCACGUCGCUACCAUUACCGCAACCGCCUGACAGUGACCACCUCGGACGCCGCUCAUUUGAGGUCGCAGCUCACUUCGCGCCUGGCGAAGAUUGACUCAGUCAAGGCGCUGGCACAGUCCGAUCCACCAAUGAUUGCUUUCACCUUCACCGGCCAAGGUGCUUCAAACAAGUCCAUGGACCUUGAACUGUACCGCGACGUUCCGAUCUUCCGCGAGCAGAUUCAGCAUUUGGAUCGUCUGGCUCAAGGCCAAGGCUUCCCAACUUUCAUUCCGGCCCUUGAUGGAUCACAUCCAAAGGAUCAUGCACACUCUCCGGUCGUGACCCAGCUUGCUUUGGUGUGCUCUGAGAUGGCUCUGGCCAAAUACUGGGCUGCUCUCGGCGUCAAGCCAGAUGUAGUCCUCGGUCACAGCUUGGGCGAAUACGCCGCAAUGCACGUGGCCGGCGUUGUCUCUGCGGCCGACACGAUAUUCAUGGUAGGCCGCCGGGCUCAGAUGCUACAAGAAAAAUGCACGAUUGGGAGUCACACCAUGAUGGCCGUCCGAGCCUCUCUUGCCACCAUUGCGGAGAACUCGGCAAACAAGCCGUAUACCAUUGCUUGCAUCAAUGGACCCUCUGAUACGGUGCUCAGUGGCACGAAGCAGCAGAUGGAUGAAGUUGCUGCGCCACUCGAGAAAGCCGGAUUGCGCUGCAUUAAGCUGGAUGUGGCUUUUGCAUUCCACUCUGAACAGACAGACCCUAUCCUGGACGAGUUCGAGGCAACAGUGAAGACGGGUGUGAUCUUUCAGGAGCCGAAAGUGCCAAUCAUCUCGCCCCUGCUAGGCAGAGUCGUUUUCGAUGACAAGUCGUUCAAUGCGAACUAUGUCCGCCGGGCCACCAGAGAGGCCGUGAGAUUUUUCCCUGCGCUGGAGAACGCCCAGGAGCUUUCGACCAUCAAUGACGAAACUAUCUGGGUCGAAAUUGGCCCUCAUCCGGUUUGCACCAAUUUCGUGAAGACCUCCAUCCCAUCCACUGCUGUCGCCGUCCCUUCAUUUCGGCGCGGUGAGGACAACUGGGCGACCAUGGCAGAAGCUAUGGCUGCAUUGCACCUCGCGGGUGUCACAAUUGGCUGGACUGAGUUUCACCACCCCUUCGAAAGCAGACUCCGCCUGCUCGACUUGCCGACAUACGCCUGGAACGAGAAGAACUUCUGGCUCCAGUACAAUGGUGACUGGUGUUUGACCAAAGGCAAUACUUUCUACGAGGCCGAGAAACAGGCUGCAACAGGACAGAAAAUACCAAAACCCCUGCCUGUCAGCGAUUUGCAGACUUCGACAGUACAGCAAAUCAUCAGGGAGGCCAUCAAUGGCUCCGCUGGUACGGUGACCAUGCAAUCCGAUCUCAUGCAACCGGAUUUCCUUGCUGCAGCUCAUGGACACCGCAUGAAUGACUGUGGUGUUGUGACAUCGUCCAUCCAUGCCGAUAUCGCCUAUACCCUUGGUAGCUAUAUGUACCGCAAACUCUAUCCCAAGUCAAAGGACGUCAAUAUGAACAUUGCCGAUCUCGUGGUCACCAAGGGCCUCGUCGCCCAAAGUAACAAGAAAUUGCCCCAGUUAAUCCAGGUCACCGCCGCCACGGCCAACAUCGAAUCUGGUGUCGUCGAGUUGACCUGGCAAAACGUUGACAACGCUGGCGACGUGCAUGAGCCAUUUGCCACGGCCAAGAUCAUCUAUGGCGAUGCUUCUGCCUGGCUCAGCUCCUGGCUCCCUCUUACCCACUUGAUCCACAGCCGGAUCGAGGCGCUGGAGCAGAUGGCGGCAAGAGGUCAAGCCAACCGGUUUUCACGGAACAUGGCAUACACGCUCUUCGCCGCCAAUCUCGUCGACUAUGCCGACAAGUAUCGCGGCAUGCAAGCCGUCGUGAUGCACGACCUGGAGGCGUUUGCUGACGUGCAGCUGACUACGAAGGAGAGCGGCACCUGGACCGCGGCGCCUUAUUUCAUCGACAGCGUGGCACAUCUGGCUGGAUUCAUCAUGAACUGCUCCGACGCGAUGGAUGCCAGGAACAACUACUGCGUCACACCCGGGUGGAAGUCCAUGCAAUUUGCAAAGCCUCUCACACAGGGAGCAAAGUAUCGGUCCUACGUCAAGAUGAUCCCUACCGCGGAAGACCCCACCGUCUUCCUGGGCGAUGUGUACAUCAUGCAAGAUAGUGCCAUCAUGGGCAUGGUGGGUGGAAUUCAAUUCCGCCGCUACCCACGCAUUCUGCUCAGCCGGUUCUUCUCCCCGCCGGAUAAGAUGGCGGCGAUGGAGGACAAACCGGCAAAAGCUGCGGCUCCGCAAGGCACCCUGCCGGCGCCGGCUCAAGUAAAACCAGAGACCAAGACACAACAGCAACUGCCAAAACCGACACGCUUGCGUGAAGACGAUGUCAUUCAUCCGACUGCCAUGCCUGGACCGCCGAAGGACUUCAAAGCCGCCACCGCUGUUGUCGUGGAAGUCUCCCCGAGCAGCUCCGCCUCCGAGACGUGCAGUGACGAUAACAGCAUUGUCAGUAAAGCUCUUGAGCUCAUUGCCAAUGAGGGCGCGUUGGAUAUCGCUGACCUGGAGGAUGAUGUCCGGUUCGCAGACCUCGGCGUGGACAGUCUCAUGUCGCUGGUGCUCGCGGAGAAGUUCAGAGUUGAGCUUGAUAUCAAGGUUGGUGGCGGCCUGUUUGUGGAUUACCCUACGGUCGGGGACUUGUGCAAAUGGCUGGAGGAGUAUUAUGGGUAG